GCGAAAUAAUUCUAUUUAGCGAACAUAUAUGAGAAAAAGAGAGAGAGAGAAAGCAGAAGACUGAAACUUCAAGGAACGUUAAAGAAAAACUUUACCGAGUCCACUCAGUGACACCACCACCGCCAACAACCACAACAACAGCAACAAACUCUCUAAUUUCUGUUCAAUUUUUAAGCAUUUUAUUUUCAGGACUCCAAUUAUAUAUUAGCAGUAGGGCUUUGAAAAGGCUGUAUAAAUGGGCGAGAAUUUGAUGGAUAAAGUGAAUGCUUUCAGAGAACGACUCAAGAUUGGAGGUGCUGAGGUAGGUAGAAAGAUGACUGCAGGUAUGAGCUCGAUGAGCUUUAAGGUGAAGGAGCUUUUCCAAGGUCCAAAUCAGGCUGAUAAACUUGUUGAGGAUGCUACUGCUGAGACCCUUGAAGAGCCUGAUUGGGCUAUGAAUCUUGAUAUAUGUGAUAUAAUUAAUCAUGAAAGAGUUAAUAGUGUUGAAUUAAUUCGUGGGAUAAAGAAACGGAUUAUGAUGAAGAAUGCUAGAAUACAAUAUUUGGCUUUGGUAUUACUUGAAACAAUUGUUAAGAAUUGUGAGAAGGCUUUCUCCGAGGUUGCAGCUGAGAGGGUACUUGAUGAAAUGGUGAAGCUGAUUGAUGAUCCGCAGACUGUUGUUAAUAAUCGGAAUAAGGCUCUGAUGUUGAUUGAAUCAUGGGGGGAGUCAACUAGUGAGCUUCGUUAUUUACCUGUUUAUGAAGAAACAUAUAAGAGUUUAAGAUCGAGGGGUAUCAGGUUCCCUGGUCGUGACAACGAGAGUUUAGCACCCAUAUUUACCCCACCUCGAUCAGUUUCAGCAGCGGAAGUGGAUGCUAGUCUUGCACAGCAGAUUCAGCAUGAUAUUCCCGUGGUAAGCUUUACAGCUGAACAAACAAAGGAAGCAUUUGAUGUGGCGAGGAAUAGUAUCGAACUUCUCACAACUGUGUUGUCCUCUUCUCCCGAACAAGAUGCUCUAAAGGAUGAUUUGACAAUAACACUUGUCCAGCAAUGUCGUCAGUCACAAUCUACUGUCCAGAGAAUCAUUGAGACAGCAGGAGAUAAUGAAGCCUUGCUUUUUGAAGCUUUGAAUGUCAACGAUGAGAUCCAGAAAGUUCUCACCAAGUAUGAAGAUUUGAAGAAGCCAUCAGUGGUUUCUUCUGAGCCUGAACCUGCUAUGAUUCCUGUGGCUGUCGAGCCCGACGAGUCACCUAUCCAUGCAAAAGAAGAUGCCUUGAUUAGGAAGCCAGCGGGUUCUCGGGGUGGAGCUCAUGGAGGAAGCAAUGAUGACAUGAUGGAUGAUCUUGAUGAAAUGAUCUUCGGUAAGAAAAGUGGGGGCACAUCUGAAGGUACGCGAGAUCCAAAGAAACAGCAAUCUUCAAAGGAUGAUCUCAUAAGCUUCUGAGCUGCUUAGUCGAGAUAAUUACAUGUUUAGGAAAGAGGCCUUUGAUGUGAGGCCAGUUAGGUGUUCAACAUGAAUUGAUGUUUGAUUUUCAAAUUGGUUGGAAACUUCAUGAACAUGGCUGAUGGAUAUUAUUAGCAUCAUGACACAUACUCGCACUCUCUGCUGCCAAAUUCUGUAAUUAGUUUAUGUGUUGGAUUUGAUACAAUUGCUUGACAUGGUAUAUACCUACUUGAUGCAGCACAGACAGUUUGGUUCUUGAACUUCUCAUAAUGAAACUGAUUGCUGGUGAUGACCCAUAUUUUCUCA